AUGUCCAUUGACCUCAACUGGGAGACGCUGACCAGCGGCCCCGACGGCGAUGCUCUCGCCGAGCGCAUCCGCACCUUUAUACACGACAAGUUCCAGACGGUGCCGCUGCCGCGCUUCAUCCGAUCCGUCAACGUCCACGGCUUCGACUUUGGCAGCAUCCCGCCCGAGCUGGAUCUAAAAGACAUCACUGAUCCACUGCCGGAUUUUUAUGAACAGGAUCUGGACGACGACGACGACGACGAUGAAGAUGACGACGAGAGCGACGACGAGUAUGCGGCGGCGGCGAGCGCCGUGGCUGCCGCAGCCGUCGCCGCAGCAGGGGGAACUGGCGGUGGACGUGUCCGGCCCAACUCUGCGGCGGCGGUGCAGAGGAGCGACAUCAUGAGCCCCGACCUGGGCAGUCCGUUCCUGGGCACGUCGACGCCGGGUAUCUUGGGCGGGCCCGGGCGAAACUACUUCCAGGGCCACCUCGGCACGGGAACGCACACGCCGCUGGCUGCAGUCGCCGGCGCGCACCUUGGCAACGGCGGCUGGAUGGGCCACGCGGUGCAGGAGCCGUCGCCGAGGACGACGCACGCGCACCAACACAGCCACAGCCGUCAGCCGUCGCAGAGCAGCAUCUCGGUCGACUACGCCAUGGACACGGACGCACAGCUGCUGCGCGAGAAGUCGAGCGUGUCGACGCUGGCGCCCACGUCGGUGAGCACGUCGCGCCCACCGACGCGGGACUCGCCGCACCUGGACGACGACGACGAUGCGGGUCUCGCGCCCGAUGGCGACGCGCAGCCGCCGCCGCGGCCGCGGAAAGAGCCCCGGGUUGAGGAUGUCCAGGCCGUAUUCCGCAUACGCUACGCAGGGGACGUGAGGCUCAACCUGACGGCCGAGAUCCUGCUCGACUACCCGAUGCCGAGCUUUGUCGGGAUCCCCAUCAAGCUGAGCAUCACGGGCCUGUCCUUUGACGGCGUUGGUGUGCUCGCGCACAUACGCAAGCGGGUCCACUUCUGCUUCCUCAGCCCAGACGACGCCCUCAUGGCCGUAGGCGCCGACGAGGCUGACGCGGGCGCUGGCCAGCGCAAGCGCAAGGGCAGGUUUGCCGGGCUGCUGCAGGAGGUCAAGGUCGAGAGCGAGAUUGGCGAGCGCGACGGGGGCAAGCAGAGCCUGAAGAAUGUGGGCAAAGUGGAGAGGUUUGUGCUCGAGCAGGUGCGCAGGAUCUUUGAGGAGGAGUUUGUCUACCCAAGCUUCUGGACGUUUCUGGUUUGA